GAGGCAGACAAUGCAGCAGUCCGAGGCCUGACCAGCCCUCAGAGGGACAGGGGUCGCCUCACUGCGACAACAGCCCCCGUCUCCCUCCCUUCUUUUUCUUUUCGUGAAUUGCCACAGGAUGGGCUCGGGGAGGACGCUGAAGUUCGCCCUGUGCGAAGUGCUGCAGUUUGCAGGCCUGUGCGUGCCCCUCUUCAUCGUCAUGCAGAGGUUUGCCAUCAUCGUGGCAAAGGUCAAAACGUCAGCGCAGCCGCCUGGCGACGGCAGCACAGCCUACUGGUUGAUAGUGGCCUCCUCCAUCGCUUACGUCACCUCCACCGCCCUGCUGGUCUGGGUUCCCCUGAAAUAUAUGGUCUUCAUGAAGAAGAAGUUUCUCAUUGGGAGGAAGAAGUGGAGGCCGGUGGCCCUCGUAUAUGUGAUCCUAUCCACAUUACCCUGCUUUGCCUUUCUCAUCGCCAGCUCUGAGGUUCAAAUAAAUAACAACAUGAAACAUGAUACGUUCACGGAGCUCCCUGUAUCACUAGUCCUCUUCUCGCUCAUCUGCAUUGACGUUGUGGAGAGGAUACGCCACUGCAGACUGACCGGCCAGGCUAACGAUAUGGAACGAGAUGCUGAAAUCCCCUCCACUGUCCUCACACAUGUGGAGCAGGUAACACCAGUAGCUCCUAUCACUCCAGCUGUGCCGGGGCCAGCUGUGCCCGGGCCAGGUGUGCCCACUCCUAUACAACCUGGAGCGAACCAGCUCAAUGACAGGAACCAGAACGGAGCCGGAGCUCGACCGGAGACCAACGGGACGGUCCCAGGGCUUCCAGGCAACACCGGGAGGCCGUUCAGCAUCUCUGGACUGAGCUCAAGAUCGGCGAGCACCACAGCGUACCGCUUAUCUCCCUACGCCUACACAGGGCCUCUGAGGUUCCUGUGUGCCAGCGACGCCCGAGCCGACGUAUUUGUGGACAGCUUUAUGUUCUGGAUGGACACGGUGGAGAUGGUGAGAGUGGCAGGACAUCCUCUGGUCUACUACUCAGGCUGGGUAUUCCCCAUCUAUAUCUUCAGCUACCUGUCCUGCCUGCGGGUGGUGGUCAUGCCCCACAGCCCCCUGCUGUCCUCACUCGGAGUGGCCUUGCAGGAUUUACCCUUCUUCUUUGUGCGAGUCGGCCUCAUCGCUUUCUUCGGCUUUGUCACGCCCAUCCUGUAUCUGAUGAAGAACCUGUUGGUCUGUCUGGCCUUUGUCUAUUUUAACUUUAUGACCAAGCUGAGGGUCUUCAACACAGAGAGGAUGUUCUUUUGAGACCAACACUUCAAGAUGAACAUUAAAAGAAGUGGCAGGAGCAAAGGGUCAACACAACCAGGAAAUGUAGGAUGUUGGGAUUCAGGAGGCGGUUGCACCAGCACUUCAGACGGCAAUGCAAAAUUAAAAUGAAAUGCACAGAAACUAGUUGGUGCAUAGAGAUUUAUAACUACAUAUAGUAACUUCCAGGUUUAACUAUUGUGCAGCUAACAUAGACUGUACAUAAAAGGCGGACAGAGCCACCGUGAGAUUACCCAUUUGUCUUUAAACUAAAGUUUUGAAGCGUGGUAUUUGGUCAUCACCAUCUUGGUCUUUUGAAACCAGCUGUAACAAGACAGAGGUGGAUUUGACUGUGAACUUGAGAAGCUAUGCAUGCUGAUACAGUACUGAUGUGUCAAUCACAAGGUAGCUUUGUCUUAAAACAUACCCUGCUUUAUACUCUAAAUGGGGCCACCAUUUUAAGAAUUCACAUUGUAUUGUAUUGAAGGAAACUUGAAACUGCCACCUGACACCAUAAACUUAAGAUAAUUUUUACUGAGACAAUAAAUAAUAUAAGAAGUAGGGUCAUUUUCUCCUUAACUUCUACACAAUCACGCAUACUUUUGCAAUCAGAGGAGUCGCCCCCUGCUGGCUGCUAGAAAGAAUGCAGUUUUAGUCACUUCAUGUAGGCAUUCAGACCUGGAUACUUUGUCGAUCUUUUAUACACAGUCUGUGGGGGGUUACUGAACUAACAGACAAGGCUGACAUUAUGUUGCUGAAACAUGAUAUUUGGAAUGAGGAGUAAAAGGGGCAGCGUAGAAUAUGGUCUACAAAUCAGACAGGGUCUUUCAUAAAAAGCUGUUUCAUAAGGAUCUAAAUCUGGAAAAAUAAGAAUCCACACAAGUAAAAUAGAUUAAAUUGGCAAAUUUUAAUGGAGUAAGAUUAACAUUGUAGCAUCUUAACUUUAAUAAUUUAAUUAAUACUGUAGGGUUUUAACUUUUUUAGAGGUUACGCUACAGCUUGUGAUGCCACUGUGACCUUCUGUUUACAGAAUGUAUUACUUUUUAUUGCAGAUGUUUCCUGGCAAACCAUUUACACACCUAAAUACACUUCUUAAAGUUCUAAUGUUGCAGUCUGGUUUAGCCACCCACUAGUUUUAAAUUAACCUUAGAGAACUUAGGAAGAGCUUAGUGAUAGAUUUAAGAAUAGCUGGUGCAACCAAACCUAGUAUGAAUUAGGGAAUGCGACACAAUUGCAAGGAGAUAUUUUAGUCAAAAUGCAUGAUGAUACUUUCACAGGCCAAAAGGGAGCUCUUAGGCAAUGGAAAUUAUGUGUCAAAUGACUGUUGUGUUAUGUGUUAUUAACUUUAUGUAUUUUUUUUACCCCUCAAAACCCCUCAUCCUCACCAAGCAUGGCACUUUGGGAAUGUACCUGUAAUGUCACUUGAGAGUUAAUAAGCAGAUUUUUUUUCUACCAUCAUAAAGUGCAGUGAAAAUGUAAGCACAUAAAUCCAUGUUGUUUAUAUUAGGUUUUUCUUUGCUAAGUUAAAAUUCACAAGAGUGUGAGUUUGUAUCACUGGUAUAUUUAUUUUGAUAAAUGAGAUUAAUAAAGUGAGUCAUCAAAAUAUAUAUUUCAACUUUCACAUGCCUGAUUCAUCAUGUUGACCGCCAUGAACUGAACAUACGCACAGUGUGUGUAUGUUUUUGACCUCAUGCUAAACCUUUUACGCUGGAAUUCAUUCCAUUUCUUCACAGCUACUCCCCAAGAGAAAAGGUUUCCUGUCAUUCUUCUGCAAAACAUUCUCAUCACUAACAAGAGCAGUGACGAUGCAGACGUCACAAUGUCCCUGCACCUGUGAAAUGUACAACCAUUCAGCACAACAGCCAUGGAACACACUGCAUUUGGGAAGAUUAGAGUUUUCAGGGUGGGUAAAAAUGGCAGGAUCAAAAAUAAUGCAAUCAAUAAUACAACAUAAUAAAGUGAAAAGAGAUAUUUUUCUUUACUGGCCUGCUGUAGUGGAUUUUUAUUAUUCCUUUUUAUAUUACAUCCAUUUAGGAAUAUAUGAUAGUUAUGAUGUA